AUGGCUGAAGACGAGUACGAUACUCGAGCGCCUCACGAGGGCAUGUCGCCUGGGCGCUACGUAGCUACUCGAUUUUCCUCACUCAAACCGCCAAUGCAUAGUGUGCCAAAUCCAAUAAAACUACUACGCAUGCUGAAUUCCCAACAAUGGGCGUUUUUCUUUGUCGCUUUUGCAGCCUGGACAUGGGACGCAUUCGACUUCUUCUCCGUCUCCCUCUCCGUAACAAGUCUUGCCAAAACAUUCGGUAAGACCAAAACCGACAUCACCUGGGGAAUUACACUGGUUCUCAUGUUCCGAUCAAUCGGCUCCAUUACCUUUGGUAUCGCGAGCGAUCGCUACGGUCGAAAAUGGCCGUUCGUGAUCAACAAUCUUCUCUUCAUCGUCCUCGAACUUGGAACGGGCUUUUGCCAGACUUACCAGCAGUUUCUAGCAUGUAGAGCCCUGUUCGGUAUUGCCAUGGGUGGUCUCUAUGGUAAUGCGGCUGCUACCGCUCUUGAAGACUGUCCUGAGGAAGCGCGUGGUCUUAUGAGUGGUAUUCUACAACAAGGUUAUGCUUUCGGAUAUCUUCUGUGCGCCGCUUUCGCACGCGGUCUCGUCGACACGACUUCCCACGACUGGCGUCCUCUGUUUUGGUUCGGUGCUUGUCCACCUGUGUUUUUCAUCAUCUUCCGUCUCAUGCUUCCCGAGACAGAAGCCUACAAGGAGCGUCAACGCAUGAGAGAAGCAGCCAAUGCAGACGGCAAAGGAAAGGUAUUCCUCAAAGAGGGAAAAGUCGCGCUCAAGCAUCAUUGGUUGCUGCUCAUCUAUCUCGUUCUUCUCAUGGCUGGCUUCAACUUUAUGAGUCACGGUAGCCAGGACUUGUACCCAACCAUGCUGGAAAACCAGCUCAACUUCUCCAAGAACAAGAUCACUGUUACUCAAGUUGUGGCCAAUUUGGGGGCUAUGACGGGUGGUACUGUCGUUGGUUUUACCAGUCAGUCUGUGGGUCGUCGAAUCAGCAUUAUCGUGUGUUGUGUUCUCGGAGGCGCCCUCCUUUACCCCUACACCUUUGUUCGCGACACGUCCAUAAUUGCGGCAGCGUUUUUCGAGCAAUUUGCAGUUCAAGGAGCUUGGGGUGUGAUUCCCAUUCACUUGAUGGAACUGUCACCUGGUGCCUUCAGGACUUUCGUGGUUGGUACAUCCUACCAGCUCGGUAACCUCGUAUCGUCCGCCUCAUCCACUAUCGAAGCUCGCCUCGGCGAAAACUUUCCCCUUCCUGAGACCGAGAAGGGAGAGAGUCGCUAUGACUACGGCAAGGUCAUCUGCAUCUUCAUGGCGUGCGUAUACGUCUACGUUAUCUUGCUGACCUUUAUCGGUCCCGAGAACCUGCGGGGCAAGUUUGACGUUGCUCACGACUCGGACGCGAAGGAAGCCAUGGGUACCCGAGCGAUGGAUCAGACGGCUGGGCAUGAGCAUCAUAGGUCGCAGGAUGAGGAGAAUGGUCUCAGGAUCAGCACUGAGAAGCCUGUGGUUGAGCAUGUGCGGGAUUAG